GGAAGUAGGGCUAGGAUGGACUGUUAACUGGGUUUAGGACUCUUCCCAAACAGCCUGCUGUGGGUCUGUCUGCCACACUGAAGAGGAAGUAGGGCUAGGAUGGACUGUUAACUGGGUUUAGGACUCUUCCCAAACAGCCUGCUGUGGGUCUGUCUGCCACACUGAAGAGGAAGUAGGGCUAGGAUGGACUGUUAACUGGGUUUAGGACUCUUCCCAAACAGCCUGCUGUGGGUCUCUCUGCCACACUGAAGAGGAAGUAGGGCUAGGAUGGACUGUUAACUGGGUUUAGGACUCUUCCCAAACAGCCUGCUGUGGGUCUGUCUGCCACACUGAAGAGGAAGUAGGGCUAGGAUGGACUGUUAACUGGGUUUAGGACUCUUCCCAAACAGCCUGCUGUGGGUCUCUCUGCCACACUGAAGAGGAAGUAGGGCUAGGAUGGACUGUUAACUGGGUUUAGGACUCUUCCCAAACAGGCAGUUAACCCACUGUUCCCCGGUAGGCCGUCAUUGUGAAUAAGAAUUAGUUCUUAACUGACUUGCCAAGUUAAAUAAAUCUCUCCUCUACUUUUAGCCUUAUCCACAGGCUAAACCGGUGCCCCAGAGUCGAAUCAUUGUAUCAGCAAGGUUCCUGAAACCCAUCAAAGAGCCCUGUUCGAUUUUCGUGGUAGCGAAUGGUGAUGUGUUGACCCCAGCAUUAAGACUGCUGAUACCCCAACGGAUACUGGGCCAAUACGACAGGGUUCUGGAGAUGAUCACUGACAAAAUGGGUUUGAGAAUCCUGGGCCUUUACACUUUUGAUGGAAAUCAUGUGAACGAGGGAAAGGACUUGGAGAGUGGACAGUUUUACGUGGCUGUUGGGAGAGACAAGUUUAAAAGACUUCCCUACAGUGACCUUCUGUUCACCAAACCAAGCGGCAUACGAAGGACGACAGGAUCCAAAGCUUCCUCAUUACCUCCCAUAUACACAUCUGGAAAGCAGAACAGAAACAGUUUGACGGUGCACCACAGUAAGUCUAUGUGGCGGUGCAGAGAGCCAGCAGACGCCAAGAUGUCUGCGCACGAUACGGACCGCACGUCGUCCAUCGUCAGGCAGAUCUCCCAGCAGAGACUCAUGAUCCUCAGGAAGAGGAGGAGUGGUCUCAGUAUCUCCCUGGGAACACAGGACAACGGUAGGAAUGACCUCUGA